AUGUGCUCCUCCGACAUCUUCUUAGGCCUCCUCGCGAUUCUCUUCCCGCCAUUGCCGGUCUGGGUCAAGUGCGGAAUCUGCAGCGCCGACUCAGUCAUCAACAUUCUCCUCUGCGUCCUCGGUUUCCUCCCUGGGCUCCUUCACGCCUGGUACAUCAUCGCCAAGUUCCCAGAGCCCGACUAUGGCAACUACGAGCGCGUCGGCGACUCGGAGAACGGCCGUGUGACCUACGUCGUCGUCCAGCAGGAUGAGAACGGCCGCCGGUCACAACGGCCCCGCGGCCAGGGCCAGCCGAAGCCAACUCGGCAGGGCAAUAUGAACUACGGCACCUCCCCGACCAACAACGCUGGCUCAUCCUCAGCAAGGCCGCAGCAGCAGCAGGGCUACGCUAAUGGAGAAGGCUCAAGCGCUGACCAAGCACCGCCUCCGAGCUACGCACAAGUCGUCAUGGGGGACAACAAGAUCCAGGAUCAGAGUCGGCAAUAG